AUGGCAUCGAAAGUCUCUGCACCUCCCUCUAACAGUUCUGUUUGGAACAGGAAUGAAAAAACGGCGGAUGUUAGAAAUAAAAACAUACUAGCUGCAAAAGCGGUGGCGGAUUUGGUUAGAACCAGCCUGGGUCCUAAAGGAAUGGACAAAAUGAUACAAGACGGCAAAGGAGGAGUAAUAAUCACGAACGACGGAGCAACAAUAUUGAAAGAGUUGUCAUUGGUGCAUCCAACGGCAAAAAUGAUGGUGGAGCUGAGUAAGUCACAAGACAUAGAAGCAGGGGACGGAACGACGUCAGUGGUGGUAGUUUGCAAAGCACUGCUGGAAAUGGUGGAAAAUCUGCUGAAUCAAGGAAUACACCCGCAGACUAUCGCUGAUAGUAUGAUGCUGGCAGUGAAUAAGACGGAGGAGAUACUGGAGUCAAUAUCGAAGCCAAUAUCACUGGAAGACAGAGACCUGCUGAUCGACAUAGCAGGGAUAUCACUACAGUCAAAGGUUGUGUCACAAAACGCGUCACUGCUGGCGCCAAUUGCAGUGGAUAGCGUGCUGGGAGUAAUGGAGUCGCCUGAGUCCAAGAACGUGGACCUGAAGAACAUCAGAAUAGUCAAGAGCAUAGGAGGAACGAUCGAGGACACGGAAAUGGUGGACGGCCUGGUGUUCAGCGAGCAGAAGGCAGUGAAGACAGCAAGCGGCCCGACGAGAAUAGCGGACGCAAAGAUAGGACUGAUACAGUUCUGCCUAUCGACGCCGAAGACGGACAUGGACAACACGAUUGUAGUGAAGGACUACCAGUCAAUAGACAGAAUAAUGAGAGAAGAAAGGUUAAUAACGGCGAAGAUGGUAAAGCAGAUAGCACAAACAGGGUGCAACGUACUGCUGAUACAAAAGUCGAUACUGAGAGACGCAGUGACAGACCUGUCACUGGACUACCUGGCUAAGGCAAAAAUCAUGGUGAUUAAAGACAUAGAGAGAGAAGAUAUUGAGUUUAUAACGAAGACAAUAGGAUGCGAAGAAGUGGCAAGCAUCGACCACUUUACAGCAGAUAAACUGGGAACGGCAAAGCUGGUUGAGUCAAAAGUGGAAGGAAGUUCAAGAAUAGUGAAGAUAACAGGAGUUAACAUGAGGAAAACAGCGUCAGUGCUGAUAAGAGCAUCAAACGCACUGAUGUUAGAUGAAGCGGAAAGGUCACUGCACGACGCACUGUGCGUGGUGAGGUGUCUGGUGAAGAGACGCUCAAUCCUUCCGGGAGGAGGAGCUCCGGAGAUGGAAGUGUCGAACAAGCUGUCACAAUGGGCAAUGACGCUGGAAGGAGUGUCACAAGUGUGCGUGAAGGCGUUCGCAGAGGCACUGGAGAUCAUACCGUACACACUGGCAGAAAAUGCAGGACUCUACCCACUUAGCGUAAUCAGUGAGCUGAGAGCAAUACACGUGAAGGGAGGAAGCAACUACGGAAUCAACAUAAAGAAGAACGCAGUGUCGGACAUGCUCGAGGACAACAUAAUACAACCGCUCCUAGUGACACUCUCAGCAAUAAAGCUGGCGACUGAGAGCGUGCUGAUGAUACUGAAGAUCGACGACAUAGUACUCUGUAGAUAA